UGGCUCAGACGUCCUCACGAAUUCGGCAGCCCAUCGGGUGGGCACAAAAAACGCUUCCAACAAGAGGCUUCGGAAUCAUCAGCGAUGGUGGCGCUGCUUUGGCUUCGCUGCUGGCUGUGCAUGUUGCUCUCUGGAGUUUAUGGCUCUCACUUCUCCACCCGAGCAGAGCUACGAGAUGCCCUGCUCCAGUGGCACAAUGUGGACGAGGCCACCAAGUUGCAGCUGACCUCGCUGUGGGGAACGCCUGGUGAAUGGAACGUGUCGGCGGUGACCAACAUGAGUGGCUUGUUCAAGGACUUGGACAGCUUCAAUGAGAACAUCAGCGCAUGGGAUACUUCGAAGGUACUCGACAUGAGUUCCAUGUUCCAUGGAGCCACUGCAUUCAACAUGCCCAUCGGUACGUGGAACACGUCAAGUGUGCAGACAAUGCGCAAGAUGUUCAACAAGGCUUCCAGCUUCAAUGAGCCGAUUGAUUUGUGGAUCACAGCUGCAGUCGUUGAUAUGUCCUAUAUGUUCUACAAGGCCAGGUCCUUUGAUCAGCGCAUCGGUGCUUGGAACACAGGCAAAGUCAGAGACAUGAAGGGCAUGUUCUACGGAGCCACGUCCUUUGAUCAGCCCAUCGGUGCUUGGGACACCCGCAAUCUGAGAACCAUGAAAGCCAUGUUCUACAAUGCUGCGAAGUUCAACCAACCCAUUGGAGCGUGGAAUACCUCUGCAGUCACGGACUUCUCCUUCAGUCUUUACGGAGCCACUUCCUUUGAUCAGCCUGUUGAUGCUUGGGACACGUGCAACGUAAGACACAUGGAGCAUAUGUUUUUUGCCGCAGAUACUUUUAACCAGUCCAUCGGGUCCUGGAAGACCUCGGCAGUGAAGAAUAUGCGACAAAUGUUCUAUAGGGCCAGGUCCUUUGAUCAGCCCAUCGGUGCUUGGGACACAAGCAAUGUCAGGAACAUGCAGGGCAUGUUCUACAAGGCUGCGAAGUUUAACCAACCCAUCGGAGCGUGGAACACAUCUGCUGUGAUGGACAUGUCCGGAAUGUUCUAUGGAGCCACAUCCUUUGAUCAGCCUGUUGAUGCUUGGGACACGUGCAACGUGAGGAACAUGAAGGGAAUGUUUUACAAUGCUGCGAAGUUCAACCAACCCAUCGGGUCAUGGAACACCUCAGAAGUUAUGGACAUGUCCUAUACGUUCAGGGGAGCUGCGUCUUUCGACCAACCCAUCGGUUCUUGGGACACUGGCAAAGUCCGAGCCAUGAACACCAUGUUCUUCGAGGCCACCUCCUUUGAUCAGCCCAUUGGUGCUUGGGAGACUGGCAAUGUCCAAGACAUGAAUUCCAUGUUCUACAAUGCUGCCAAGUUCAACCAACCCAUCGGGUCGUGGAAUACGUCUGCUGUCACUGACAUGUCCUUCCUGUUUUACGGAGCCAGCUCCUUUGACCAGCCCGUAGGUGGUUGGGACACAAGCAAUGUCCGAAGCAUGAGGCUGAUGUUCCACUUUUCUGAUAAGUUUAACCAACCCAUUGGUUCGUGGAAUACGUCUUGUGUGAUGGACAUGACCGCCAUGUUUACAGCGACGGACUCUUUCAACCAGCCCAUUGGUGGAUGGGACACUUCGCGGGUCAAUUACAUGAGCGGAAUGUUUGAAAGAGCUGUUGCCUUCGACCAGCCGCUGAAUCAUUGGGACACCAGUGCUGUCACAAACUUCUCUGCGAUGUUUUUCCGUGCCAGCUCCUUCGACCAGCCAGUUGGAUUGUGGGACACAUCGGCAGCGACAGAUAUGAGACGCAUGUUUGCAGGGGCUCAACGUUUCGAUCAGUCUGUCUCGACAUGGAACCUGACAUCAAUCCCUGACGCCCAAGCUAUGGCCGAAGCUUUCACGGGUUCAGGCAUGUCAACUUGCGUGUUGCGUCUCAGUUCCGAAGCUUGGGGUUUGCCUUCCAGCAUUCGUCAGACGUGGUCAUACCAACUCUGUCCCAGCUGCCCUUGCCAAAAAACCAACUUGGCAUGUGUGGAUGAAGCCUGUCAACCAGUGAACUCCGGCUUCAUUGAGCUUGGGAGAGAUGCCUGGGACGAUGGAAAUGCAAGUCUGACAACUGCUGUGGGCUUUCGAGCAUGUGUCGAACGAUGCGAAGACUCGGAGUGCCAUGCCGUUCUUCUCGAAGACUCUGGGCGCUGCUGGCUAUUGAACGACAUGAACGACCAGAGUGAGCUCAGCUCGAUUAGAGGAUCGGGUCGGAGCUACUUGGCGUUUCGCAGGGCCUCGUGCCGCACCUUCUCGUGCCCGCAGAAAACGACGCGGGCGACGACGAGUCGCAACGCUUCACCUGCGACGGCGACGGUGACGGCGGCCUCCUGUUGCAGGUGCGUUGCUCCCAAUGAGGUUCCCAUUUGGAGCAAGGUACCUGACUUGGAAUGCCAGAGCUGUGCAGCUGGAAAAGCUCCCAAGGAUGAUCGUUGUGAAGCAUGCGCCUCAGGCUUUGCCCAAGCUGGUGCUGUGCGAUGUGAAGACUGUCCACCUGGAGAGAUUCCUGUGCUUCCGAGCC